AUGGCGCCUGUGCUCUGCUGCUCUGCUCCCGUCACCCACGUUCCCUUUCUUGCCGUGCUAUUGCUGGUGGUACUGCAACAACCUCGUUCGCUGCCGUUGGCCGUGGCGGCGCGGACCAACCUGACCGCGGGAGCCACCAUGGCGCCGCCAGACUACAUCACCAGCCCGUCCGGCGGCUUCGCCUUCGGCUUCCGCGCCUUCACCUCCGACCCGACCAAGUUCCUCCUCGCCACGUGGUUCCGCUUCGGCGGCGACGACGACUCCUCCCAGCCGCAGCCGGAGUCCGUGGUGUGGUUCGCGAAACAGUCGCCCUCCGGGGCCACGCCCAACGCCACGGCGCAGUCCGUCCUGAGCAUCACAGCCGACGGCCAGCUCACGCUCACCGACGGCAGCAACCAAGUGCUGUGGACGCCGACCCUCGAGCGUGGAUCCGUGCUCGCGCUCCGCGACUCCGGCAAUCUCCAGUUCCUGAGCGACUCCGGCAGCCAAGUGCUGUGGGAGAGCUUCUGGUAUCCGACGGACACGCUCCUUCCCGGCCAGUCCUUGGUCUACGACCUAGCCCGGUCCGAAGGGAAGGUCUUCGCCAAGCGCGCCGACGCGGAGUUCACCACCGGCCGGUUCAGCAUGGGCAUCCAGAGCGACGGCAACGUCGUCCUCUACGUCGACCUCCUCAAGGGCAACGACCCCCACAACGCUUACUGGCAGGCGUACACCAACAGCCCCGACGGCAACACGACGAUCACCUUCGACGACCGGGGCCGCCUCAACUGCACCCUCCACAACGGCACCGUCUCCAGCUUGAUCAAGCCGGUGGCGAGCUUCGCCGCCGGCGAGUACUUCCAGUUCGCCAGGAUGGACCCCGACGGUAUCGUCCGAACCUACAUCCGUCCCAAGGACGGCGGCACCGGCAACACGUCUUGGACUGUCUCUGGUGCGUUCCCUGAUUACGGCUGCAUCAAGUGGACGUCUGGGUUGCAGGGCAUGUGCGGCCCGGGGUCCUACUGCCUCUCCGCGCCGACACCGAGUUCAAGGGACAGGCUCAACUGCGUGUGCCCGAGCGGAUACAAUUACACCGACGAGCAGCACAGGGACAGCGGCUGCACGCCGGCGUUCGAGCCGCACAGCUGCGACGGGGAGAACAGCUCCGACGAGUUCACCCUGGUGGAGCUGCUCAACACCACCUGGGAGGCCUCGAUAUACUACAAGAAGUUCUCAUCGGUGACGGAGGAGCAGUGCCGGGAGUACUGCCUCAGCGACUGCUUCUGCGCCGCCGCGCUGAUGAUCGGCGGAUCUGACUGUGCGGAGGUGGCGGUGCUCACCAACGGCUGGCGAGCGAACGGUGUCACGACGAAGGCCCUGAUCAAGGUGCGGACAAGGAAUUAUUCUCAGGUGAUAUCAAGAACGAGAAACGCAUUCGCCUACAAGGUUAUCGCCAUUUCCUUGGCCUUUCUUUUGAUCAUUACCAUCGGCGGCCUCGUGGCACAGCAUUGUGUCACCAAGAACAGAGAGAGACAGCGGCUGUUGAGUCCGAGCGUGAGAUCAUUCAGCUGGAAGGAGCUACAUGAAGCUACCAAUGGCUUCGAGAAACUACUGGGCAAAGGUAGCUUCGGUGAGGUCUACAAAGGAACGAUAAGAUCACCACAGCCACAUACCAUCGCGGUGAAGAAGCUCAUCAGCUCGAACGAGUACAGUGAGCAGGAGUUCACAAACGAGGUGCAGUCCAUUGGGCAGAUCCACCACCGGAACUUGGUCCGUAUGAUCGGCUACUGCAAAGAAGGCAACCACCGGAUGCUUGUAUUCGAGUUCAUGUCAGGUGGGUCACUCCGCAGCUUCCUCUUCAACCCCGAGAAACGGCCGCCAUGGCGCUGGCGCGCCGAGGCUGCGCUCGCCAUCUCCCGAGGGCUCGAGUACCUCCACGAUGGCUGCAUCGCACCAAUUAUCCAUUGCGAUAUAAAGCCAGACAACAUCCUGCUGGACGACCAUGGCAUCCCCAAGAUCACCGACUUCGGGAUCUCCAAGCUAUUGGGGAGCCAGCAGGUGCACACCACGGUAACCCAUGUUAGGGGCACCAGAGGGUACAUUGCGCCCGAGUGGCUCCACACCAGCUCGCGCGUUGACACCAAGGCGGAUGUGUACAGCUUUGGUGUCGUGCUGCUGGAGAUGAUCUGCUGCCGGAAGUGCCAUGAACCGGUGACGCCUGAUCUGCCGCAGCGUGCGGAGGAAGACGAGACGGUCACAUUGUUUGGUUGGGCGGCGCAGCUGGUGAGUGCACGGAGGACAGAGCUGAUGCUGCACGGCGACGCAGAUGUUGACACAGUUGAGGACUUGGAGAGGGUAGAGCGCUUUGCCCGCGUGGCGCUCUGGUGCAUCGAGCCAAACCCGUUGCUGCGGCCGACUAUGCACCAGGUUGUGCAGAUGCUGGAGACCAGCCGGACGCGGGUUGAGGCGCUGCCUGACCUUGCAGAUUGCUACAUGGAAUCCUCACCUUUAAUUCCUCAGCUCAAGAUUGAAUAAGAGAGUUUUCCUUUUUUUUACUUUGCUCUGUCAUGUUUCAUGUAAGUACGUA